UAUGAAAACUUUAGUCCUAUUAUUUUGUUUAAGUACAAUUCUAAUAGCUCGAUAAGUGGGACAGGAAGGAGCAUUCCAUCAUUUAUCAUCAAAACAGUAUUUUAUAUUUUAAUCGAAGUAGCGAUAGGAUAAACGAAGUAGAGGAAUCUAUGAUAUUUGGAGAUGUAAAUACACCUGUUUAAGGAUAACCAGUUUCUACUUAACCAACUGUAACUAAAACUCCAACGGCAGAUUAAGGCAAGGCUGAGUCAAAACCAGAUUAAGGUAAUUUUAAACCAUAUAAAAAAGGGAAAACAGAUCCUAAGGCUGAUGCAGCUAAAACAGGGGCUAAACCUGAUUAAGGCAAACCAGCCGAUUAAGGAAAACCUGAACCAAAAUAAGAUUAAGGUAAAAAAUAAUCUUAUUUUCUUAGGUAAAGCAGAACCAAAAAGUGAUUAAGGUACAACUGGGGCUAAACCAGAAUAAGGCAAACCAGCCGAUUAAGGUAAACCGGAACCAAAAUAAGACUAAGGUAAAAAUUAAUAGAAUUUUAUUAGGCAAAGCUGAGCCAAAAACUGAUAAAGGCAAACCAGCCGAUUAAGGAAAACCUGAACCAAAAUAAGAUUAAGGUAAAAAAUAAUCUUAUUUUAUUAGGUAAAGCAGAACCAAAAAGUGAUGAAGGUAAACCUGGGGCUAAACCAGAUUAAGGCAAACCAACCGAUUAAGGAAAACCGGAACCAAAAUAAGACUAAGGUAAAAAAUUAAUAGAAUUUUAUUAGGCAAAGCUGAACCAAAAAGUGAUUAAGGUAAACCUGAACCAAAAGCUGAUUAAGGCAAACCAGCUGAUAAAGGAAAAGCUGAACCAAAACCAGAUUAAGGUUAAAUUUAGUAAAUAUCUAUUAGGUAAAGCUGAACCAAAAAGUGAUUAAGGUAAACCUGAGCCAAAAGCUGAUUAAGGUAAAACUGAACCAAAAGAAUAAGGAAAGCCAGAACCAAAAGGUAAUUAGGGUAAGGCUGAACCAAAAUCUGAAAAAGGUAAAGUAGAGAAAAAACCAAAAACUGAAGAAGGUAAAGGAGAAGAAGAGGAGAAAGAAAAAGAAAGUGAGGAUGAAGAAAGCGAAAGCAAUAGCGACAGUGAAGGAGAAGAAGAAGGUUAAGCUGAAGGCGAAGAAAGCGAAGAAGGAGAAUAAGGAGAAGGAGAAGAAGGAGAAGAAGGAGGAGAAGGAGAGGAAGGAGAAGAAGGUGAAUAAGGUGAAGAAGGUGAGGAAGAAGAAACGCCUGCUGAUUUCAAAUAAUGUUUAGAAUGGGAAUGCACUAAUUAAGUGAAUGCCUGUGCAAAGGAUUCAGGUUGUGUGCCUGCUAUGCAAAAUUGCAAAUCUGUUGGAGAAAAUGAGGGUAUUUCAGGGGUAAAAUUUAUUUAAUAAUUCUAGUAUGUCUCAUGUCUAUCUGACAGUAAAACCGCAUCAGAUCUAUAUAAAUGUAUUAAUGAUAAAUGUGAAGAUUACUUGGAAUGAGUUU